UGGUUCGGGGGUGGCUGCAGCCCUGCGGCCGCGCGUGGGGCGCGGAGCAUCAGGACCGCCAAGGUGACGGUGAAGACCGAGAGCGGCGGCGGGAUGGAGCCGGGGGCUGCCCGCCUGCCUCUGCCGUGCUGCAGGAGCAGGAAACCAUCCCUGGGGAUGGGACCAGGUUGUCCUCAGGGCCAGGGGGAACCGUGCUGGGGAGGGGGAAUGCGGUGGCUGUGGGCGCUGGAGCUGCCUUCGUGGCCCCCAGGUGGAGAGGCAGCCCCUCUCCCGGGAGAAGGAGCCCCAUCCCUCUCCUGGCCCCUCUUGUUUUGGGAAAAACAGCCAACAAAACCCAAGAGCCCGUCCCUGAGAGCUCUGUGAGGGGUGUCUGCUUGACCAGCCCCGUUCUGGGGAAGGCGGAAUGUUAUCAGACUGGGGAGGUGAUUUGGAGGAGGAUUCGCUUUCAACUCAGCCCUAAUGUCUUCUCAGUGGUGUUCACAAAGGGCAAAGCCGUUCUUGGUUCCACUCUCGUGGGCAUUGUGGGCUGGAGCUGUUGUUUCCAGGAGAGCCGGGAGCCGCUCAGCAGCGCUGGACAAGGUGAUGGUGAUACCCUGAGCUCAUCCCGGCCCAUGCUCAACGCCAUCUCCAGAUCUUAUCCUCUGUUAUGGGAUGCUCACUAUAUAUUGUUUAAGCAGUAUUUGGCGGUAUCAUCAAGAUUAUAAAAAAAUCUUGGUGAAGACUUGAAACUUGCCAUUGGGUUUCGUGCCGUUACAAUGCCACCAGCCCAGCUUUACGUUCUUUCCCUGAUUCUUUUCACCCCGUGUUGGCUGGGCCAGGCAGCACAGGAGGCUCUUCCAUUUGCCCCAAGGAUGAUAAAACCUUCGCUGGACAGUCACAGGGACCUGGUGUAGAUGAGGGCCGGGUGCCUGUUUCCAGUAUCUCAUUAUUUUGAGUGUCCUCUGACUUCUAGAGAUGCUGCUGAGAGAUUUCUUUCCAUUAAAAGUCAGGCGGGGGUGCAUAUGGUCUUUGUAUACUACAGUGACUAAUAUAUUUCUGGCAAGGUUUGUGCUCGCCUGUAGGAAGGGAAACUGUGAUCGAUGCCCCCGUUGCUGCAGAUGACACCGCUCUUGGCACUGCUGCUUCCACUGCUGACAGUGACCGGGGAAAGCAAAAUAGCCACUGGACUCUGCCCAGCCAGAGCCCGUAACUGCCCCGUGUGCUGGCCCUGAUUAACUUUUAACUGCAGACCUUCAGUGGUAGCCGGGGGAGGAUCCUCUGGUUCAAGAACCUGAUUUUUGCACAAGAAGGCUGUGGGAAACCCGGGGCGAGGAAGAGAAAUUGCUGGCAAUGAUGGGCUGUGGGAGGAGGCGGUGAGCUGGGGGGGGCUGAUCCUGCACCCCACACUUGGUGCCCCUCCCCGUUGCAGCGUGGCCGGGAUGAGGCCAUCGGUUGCACCAUGCCAUCAUGCAUCCCCGGCAGCUCGCCUGCCCCACGGCCCCUCUGCCGUGAUGGAGGCUGCGGCCACCGAGCACCCGGGGCAGCGCGGGACCCCCCGGCGCUGAGCCCCUGCCGCCCCGGCAUGGCCUCGCUCAUCGUGGUCACCGAGUACGACGCCACGGGGAGCGCGAGCGAGGAGGAGGAGAUGAACGCGCCCGGCGACGAGGGGUUUGGGGACGGCCGGGAGCCAAGGGCGAAGCUGCACCUCUCCGGCCGAAAGCUCUCCCUGCAGGAGCGGUCGCAGCCUGCCCGCUCGCCCGGGAACAGCGACGGCGCCAACGAACGCUUCAUCUACCCGUCCCUCCCUUACUCCCCGGUGACGUCCCCGCACUCCUCCCCGCGGCUGCCGCGGCGGCCGACAGUGGAGUCAAACCGCGUGUCCAUCACGGGACUCCAGGACUGUGUGCAGCUCAACCAGUACAAGCUGAAGGAUGAGAUUGGGAAGGGCUCCUACGGGGUGGUGAAGCUGGCCUACAACGAGGACGAUAACACCUACUAUGCAAUGAAGGUUCUCUCCAAAAAGAAACUGAUGAGACAGGCAGGCUUCCCCCGCCGCCCGCCGCCCCGCGGGGCCAAAGCUGCCUCCGAGGGCUGCCUGCAGCCCAAAGGGCCCAUCGAACAGGUCUACCAGGAGAUCGCCAUCCUGAAAAAGCUGGACCACCCCAACGUGGUGAAGCUGGUGGAGGUCCUGGAUGACCCCAGUGAGGACCACCUGUACAUGGUGUUUGAACUGGUGAAGCAAGGCCCCGUGAUGGAAAUCCCAACCCUGAAACCUCUCAGUGAGGACCAGGCUCGGUUCUACUUCCAGGAUCUGAUCAAGGGCAUUGAAUACUUGCACUAUCAAAAGAUAAUCCACCGGGAUAUUAAACCUUCCAACCUCCUCGUGGGGGAAGACGGGCACGUCAAGAUUGCUGACUUCGGAGUGAGCAACGAGUUCAAGGGAGCUGAUGCCCUUUUAACCAACACAGUGGGCACCCCUGCCUUUAUGGCCCCAGAGACGCUCUCGGAAACCAGGAAAAUCUUCUCUGGCAAGGCUCUGGAUGUCUGGGCCAUGGGGAUCACACUCUACUGCUUUGUGUUUGGGCAGUGUCCUUUCAUGGAUGAAAGGAUCCUGAGUUUACACAAUAAAAUCAAGACCCAGACACUGGAGUUCCCAGACCAGCCAGAAGUUACAGACUUCUUGAAGGAUUUGAUUACACGGAUGUUGGAUAAAAAUCCUGAAUCUAGGAUUUCGGUUCCAGAGAUCAAGUUGCACCCUUGGGUCACCAAGAACGGAGCAGAGCUGCUGCCCACGGAGGAUGAGAACUGCACCCUCGUCGAGGUGACAGAGGAGGAGGUGGAGAAUUCGGUCAAGCACAUCCCCAGCCUGGCCACUGUGAUCUUGGUUAAAACGAUGAUCCGGAAGCGAUCCUUCGGGAACCCGUUCGAGGGGAGCAGGAGGGAGGAGCGGUCACUGUCUGCCCCUGGGAACCUGCUGCCCAGAAAACAAGGCAGUGAAGAUAAUCUGAAAUGCAACGACUUGCCCAAUGUGGGAGAGGAGGAGCUUCUUCCGUGAAUAUUGACUUUAUGGUUCUGUUGAGCAACUUGGUCCGAAGCACAUUAUAAAGUAUUGCAGCUGGGGAUGAGCGACAUUAACAGAGCCAUCACCAACCACAGCAUGACAUGGCGCUAUUUCAGUAUAAUGCUGGAUGUAGAGCUUACAUAGCAGCAUGUUAUAAGACAUCUGACUACUUGUCAUAAACAUUGAACAUCUCGCUUGGACCGACGACUUCUUGUGGGAAAGACGCUGGCUAACAGCAAAGAGGUGAGCUACGGUGUUGAGGAGCAACAGUGCUUUGCAAAAAAAAAAAAAAAAAAAAGAAAAAGCAUUUGGAAAUUUGGAACUGCUUUUACCUGGUUUUAAUGCCAAAUAAUUUCCGGGGACUAACGCCAGCGUCCCAGGGGUGUUGUAUGCCCGUCACGUAGUCAGUGGGCGCACGCGGAAGGGUGAAGCUUUUGCCAAGUGGCAUACGACAACUACACCUGUGCGCUUGGGAGAGUUCGCGACCUACCGGAAAUGUUGUUGCAUCUAUUUCUUGUUGUUCUGGUUUGUUUUUAAUUGACAUCUUUUUAACUGCAUGGGAACAAAGCAAAAACCCACAUUUUCAGCUUUUUAAAGAACGCCUACCUUUGUGAGCCGGGUUGUAUUAAACAGCAUCUUUGGGAUGUUCAGAAAGUGAGGUUAAUUACCUCCUCAGGUAAUUAAUGCCUUUCCUAAGGUCUUGGUGUGACUAGGACUUGGUAAGUUGAGUAUUCAGUGUAUGAAAGGAAAAGGUAUUUAAGGGCUUAAGUUCAGUCUGAACUAUUUUUGCUGCAGACGUACGAGUGAAAGGUGGUAUUUAGCUGAAUGUUUGUUUUGAACAGCAGAUGAAGCACUAAAACCAGUUUGUUUCUAAAUCUUUUACUUGAUCUAGGUAGAUAUAUUAUUAAAUAUAAAAUUCAGGGUAAAAUCCUUCACUUCCAUGUACAUUACAUGGUUUAGUACACUUAAAAAUAAUACAACUUAUGCUAUUUUUUAAGUAUAGACUUAGGGCUUGCUUAGAAUUUAAGAUCUUAAUGAAAUACUUAGAUUAGCUAGUAAUUUUCAAAGAAACUUUUGUUUUCCAAACUCUUAAUCUGGAUUCUGGGGCCAAUGCUAUGUAUUUUUUGCAAGUUUGUUACCAGUAAAUUGUGAAUGCCUGUGGAUCAGAGACUUGUUAGUAAAUUAAGUGUAUGCCUAAUUCAUGGAUUGUUUCUUAUGAAGAGCUCUUUCACCUUCAGUCAGAUUACUCUGAUUAUUUUGUGGUGCUUGUAAAAAAAAAAAAAAAUCUGUGGUGUGACAGGAGAGAUUCUCUCAUCCAGACUCGCUUUCCCAAGUUCUCUGUGCUCGGACAAAGCUGGAGAACGGCAGAGUGUGGGUGAGGUGGAGAAGAGUCAGGGUUUGCUUGAGGAAAGGGCUCACGGUAAGUACAGGUGUUUUGUGGAUGGAGGGUGGGACCAGGCUGGGACAGGUCUGACUGCUCAGUCUGAUGUGGUUGUCUGACCUUAAAUGAAGCGUUUAAAAUACCUGAAAGAGGGGGAGGAUUCGAAUGUCCCAAGCAUAAGGGACUGCUAAGGCCUAAUUCUUUGCCCUGAGGAAGAAGGCACUAGGAGAGACACAAAUAUUUUGAUUAAUGGUAAGCUCUCUGCCUGCUAACCCUGCCUUUAGGAAGUGACUGUCCCCUUGUCUUCCUUGAGCUUGUGUACUGCAAGCAGCAGCGCGCCAAGGUCUUUGGCCCCGCUGCAGUCAGACCUGGCCCGGUGAUUCCUGGUUAGGACAGGUCUUUGUUAAAGCCAGGACAGCAUUAGCAAGUGCGCAGGUGCCUACACAAACUGUCCCUUCCAUCUUUUGAUCACUUGAAGCAAUGCUCCCUCCCCAAAAUCACAAUUUCUUAGCGAGACAUUGCGCUGCCGGCCUCUCCCCAAAGCCAGUGGCGAUGGUUUGUGGUUUAGGAGCAGUACUACGGAGUUCGGAGCCAUAAGACACGCACUGUUUUCCUCCCAUUUUAGUCCGAGGCUAUGCCAAAGCCCUGCAGCUUCAGCUAUGGGAAAACCAAACAGGUAACUUGGGUGCCAGCACUACUCCAGCUGCCUGCUCCCCCUUUCCCAAACGGGACUUUUCAUUGCGGAAAUGCCUGCGAGCGGGCAGCUCGGUUCUCUAACCCUGUAAAUGGACUUGUUCUGCCAAA